AUGUUUAGACCCACUGCUAUGCGCAUGAGCGCUCUAUCGAAGCGUACAAAGAAGGUGAAGAUACAGGUUCUAAAGGACUUUCCCAUGUUUAACCUUGUGAAAGGGGAAGUGACGCAAGUGAAACCAUCAUUUAUGAGAAAUUACCUACACAAUUUUAAUGGAGCUCGCUACAUAAUGCAAGAUAGUGAUAUCAAUCAACUACUACUUCAAAAGAGUCUAGCAAAAGAAGUUUUGCUGAAAGAAAAGGUGAAGAGUACUCCUAUCAGUACUAUUACUAAAAAGGAUGUAAAAAAAGAGGCUGCUCAGUCUGUAACAAAGCCUGAUGUUGAGAAAUCAAAGCCAAAGGGAUUGCUGGAAAGAGAGAUUACGAUCAAGGAUGUCAAAAUUCCAGGUCUUGAUCUUUGA